AUUGAUGAGAUUGAAUUGGAGGAAGAAGAGUUUGACGUAACUGAUUGGAAUUCCCAUGGACGCCCUAAAAGAUGAACCCUAAAAAAAUGGGUAUGGAAAAAUGAUAGGAGGGAAGCAGAGAGCGGCAAGUGCAAAUGAACAGUACUGAAUUUAUUAAUUUAAUUUGUUAUUUUGUUUAAAAGAAGAAAGGUAAAGCAGGAGAAAGUGACAAAAUCCCAGUAAAGCGUGACAGUGCCAGCUCCAUUUGGCCUCUCAACCCAAAGUCUUGUGCUUUUCACAUACCCAUUUCCCCAUUCGCCCCACUCCUCCUUUCUGCUUCCCCUUUCACCAAAUGGAUCAUCUCCAUCUUCCAUAACAUAACAACAAACCCACGUUUUCUCCUUUUCUCUCUCUUCUUCCUUUCGUGGGGUUUAACGUUUCACUCUACAACAACAGCAACAAGGAGAAGAAGAACAGGAUUAGGAUGUUUUCUAGGUUGAUACAUCCCCAUGAAGGGGGUGUUGGGCAGGAAGACAUGCAGGGUGCUUCCAAUCACGCUCACCUCGGAGACCCUUGUCUUGUUCUCACCUCUGAUCCCAAACCUCGUCUUCGGUGGACCGCUGACCUUCACGAACGCUUUGUUGACGCUGUCACUCAACUUGGGGGUGCCAGUAGAAAUUCUGCUAUAUACAUGAGUGAUAUCAUCACUGCUAUAUUAUUAAAAUUAUUAUUUACAGAAGCCACUCCUAAAGCGAUCAUGAGAACCAUGAAUGUCAAGGGUUUGACGCUCUAUCAUUUAAAAAGUCAUCUUCAGAAGUACAGGCUUGGUAAGCAAUCAGGAAAAGAUUCUGAUGAGGGUUGCAAAGAUGGGAUGUCAGGUUCGUAUCUUCAAGAAAGCCCUGGUACUGACAACUCAUCUCCAAAGUUACCAACUUCGGAUGCAAACGAGGGUCAUGAAGUGAAGGAGGCAUUAAGAGCACAAAUGGAAGUGCAAAGUAAACUACACUUACUAGUGGAGGCUGAGAAGCACUUGCAAAUUCGCCAGGAUGCAGAGCGGAGGUACAUGGGCAUGCUCGAGCGAGCAUGUAAGAUGUUAGCCGAUCAAUUUAUUGGGGACAUAAUUAUGGACACAGAUGGCCAAAAAUUUCAAGGGCUGGAAAGUAAAACACCCAGAAGUUCCCUAGUUGAUCACGUUGGGUUUUUCCCCCCAGUAUGUUCUGAGGUAGGUGGAAUGCAUGUUUCAGAAGUACCACCUAUUCUCCAGCCUCAAGGGGCUGACUGUUCCACUGAAAGUUGUCUGACAUCACUUGAGAGUUUAGGAGGGUUGACGCUCGAAGGAUCUCCCGGCGGAUCGAAGAAGAGGAUGCUGAGCUUGGAUUCAAUGGUAGCACCUUUGAUCUGGAGUGAAGCCAACACCAGAACUCAAGGAAUCCAUUUAGCUCAAGUCAAUCCUCCAGGAAUAACUAGGUAUGGUAUGUAGAGUAGGGUUGGGAAGGUUAGUUCCUCAUGAAGAGAGUUGAGGAAGUGCUUUGUUCCAAGCUUUUAGGAUUAAGUAAUGAAUUAGAUUCUUAUCUGUUCUUGUCCAUCAAGUUGGUGAUAAUCAACUUGCUCACAUGUCAUUGUGUAAAUUGAAAAUACCAUGUGCCUUAACUUAGACCAUCGCUAAAGGUUGGCGCUGACCAUGUACGUUUCUCACUUCUUCCUUAGUGGCCUUCGUUCUGUACGAAGAGUUACAGGAUUUCAUUGCCUUUAACUUUUUAUUUUUCUAAUUAUUAACCAUUACGAAUUCUUAAA